AUGACUCAAACUGCCUUGUUCACUGCUCCUACCGAGUACCGCCAUGAGUCGGUUCCAUUCGACCCUGCCGUUGACGUCAAGGGUGCACCUCCUGUGGUCGACAGUAUUCGGGCUGCAGACAGCACGCUGAAAGUCUACACCCGCUCCUCGCCUAACUAUGAGGUUCUCCGUGGCAUGUACAACAAACUCAUCACGGCCCAGCCACUCGCUAUCUGCCGCCCUACAACCAUCGAGCAGGUUCAGAUUAUUGUGCGUGCCGCUCGAUCCGCCAGUCCCCCAGUACCUCUGGGCAUUCGCUGCGGUGGUCACGAUGUCUACGGACGAGGCUGCACCGCCGACAGCAUUAGCAUCGACAUGCGUGAGCUGGACCACCAGACCCUGUCAAGUGAUCGCCAGUCCAUCCGCUUCGGUGGUGGCGUGACCUCGCAGAAUCUCGUCGGCUUUCUUGACACCCACGGACUCUGCACGGCGAACGGAACGGCGGGCAAUGUCGGAUGGACGGGAUGGGCCGUGUGGGGCGGGUACGGCCCGUUCAACGACUACGUGGGGUUGGGAGUCGACAACAUCCUCUCUGCAACUUUGAUACUCGCCGAUGGCUCGGUCGUCGAAGCAAAUGCUGGGUCGGAGCUUCUCUGGGGCGUGCGAGGCGCCGGCGGUAGUUUCGGCGUAAUCGUCGACGUGACUGUUCGUGUUUAUCCGAUGCCCGUCAUCUUGGCCGGCUUUAUCGCAUACCAGUGGGACGAGAGCGAUAAGGUCCUCUCGGGUCUGCAAGACAUGCUGGAUAAGGGAAUCCCGGACGCCAUGUGUCUGCAGAUGGGCUUCAUGAAGACAAAAUGGGGGGUCGGCAUGAGUCUGAUCUUUGCUUGGCCCGAUUCGGAGACCCUUGAUGAGGGGCGAAAGUGGCUUGACGCCGUGAGGGGGCUAGGUGCCAUCCAGGUGGAUACUGUUGGGGAAACCACCUUCAAGGCGUUCCAAGGUAUCACAUCUAGAGUGGUGGAUGAACCAGUGAACGUGAGCACUCGAAGCUCUGCAGUCCCGCGAUUCGACCCCGAGACCAUUGCACUGCUACAAAAGUACUCCGAGGCCAUCCCCGAUGGUCGCCAAUAUAACGUCAUUGCACACAUUGGUCACGGUAAGAGUAUCCGACCGAACCCCGAUUCUUCGUUCGCCACGCGCGAACCCCAUGUUUUGUUCCACAUUAACGCCUGCGACGAAAUGGAGCGUAUGGGAGAGGCCCAGGCUUGGGUCGAUGGCCUUAUGAAAGAGCUGAAUGCUACACGCCACGCGCUAAAUCCCGUAUACGUGAGUUUCAUGGGGAAAGACGAGGACCCCCGCGAUAGUUUUGGCCCGAACUGGGACCGGCUACAAGCGCUGAAGGCCUCGGUGGACCCCGAGGGUAUCUUCCGCUUCCCUUAA